UCCUAACGGACAUAAACAGGGGGCUGUUUGCUCCGUUUCUGGCCGUUCAUUCCUUAAACGGCCCUACACGUGAAAUUGUCGACUUCGUUGACAUGUGAAGUCGAAGGUACCUCCGCGGAGAGCACCGACGAUGGUUGCUUGUGUGCAGCCUGUAGUCCAAAUGAACGCUUUAAUCGCCAUGACGUAACAGCUGAAAAAUCUUGACGAACUGAGGAAUCUCCACACCAGAUUGCACCGUGUGGCGUACGAACAACAAUGCGCAUUGUGUGAAAUAAACACGUGUUGUUGCAAUAAACAUGUGUUGAACAGUUUUUCGUUUGAGUUUUUGUUUUAUUACCUGCCGUUUCAUUUUUAAGGACUCGUUAUAUGUAGAGAUAUAUCCUAUGUUGUAGAGUUCGUUCACAUGUUUCACUGUAUAUUAAUUUAGAAAAAUGUCUAGAGAUAUUAAUACAGAGGAUUAUGAUUUUAUAUAAGAGAUGCACAGACAAUGCAAAGAGCAUUGUCGUUUAUAUAAAGUGAAGAUAAUAAUAGCAUUUCCAAAGUGAAAGUCAGAUUUAUUUAAUAAAAUUGUAAAACAUAGUUAGACAUUUCAGUUAAAGUGUUUUUGUGUUAUUUUUAAGUACUUAACGACCACAAGUGCCAAUGCACAGAGCUAGGUAUCACUUUUAUCGAUAAUAUGAUAAAAGUAUAUGAUAAGAUAAGAUGAUAGCAGUAUAUGUGAUAAGGGAGAGAAUUUUAAGUCAUGAAAUAUACAGAAAAAUUCUGAAUCACCAUCCGUUCAUUCGUAAUACGUCAAUUAAGACAAAUGGCUCCAUUAAAGAUGUUGAAACGUGCUCUGUGCAAAAACAUUGUAACAAGCGGAUCGAGAUUCGUGGGCAUCAUAGGACCCUUAACAAUUCCACCAUUGCAAAUUGCAACGUUAUAUUAUUUCUGGCAGGAUUAUUCAAGGGUCGUAGAUAAACGAUACUGCUCCUGCUCGUGCUGGGACACUGUCUUUAAAGGCUCAUACGAAUCCGGUAUCGCUCCAUACAAACACAUGUACUUCAAUGCCACUUCGAACAUGUUGAAAAUAUGGAUACUCAUCGUCAUCGGAGUGAUCGCGCUUUAUGAGACAAUGAAGCACUUGGCGAAACUGGCGAUCAAACAGAGACUUAGACAGUCCAUGAUGCUCCUUUUCUCGUCCGCUCUGUUCUCAAAUUAUUACUCGUGGUGGGUUUAUAUUAAUUACUGGAACGACGACUUUUAUUCCCAGUGGUAUCAUCAGCUGUUCUUUACCGUCACUGAGUUGAUAUCCAGCUGUUGGGUCGUUUAUCUUGCGGAUAAGAAGAAUCCCAUAACUCACAGAAAGGCGUUCGGCAUUGCCGCGAUAGCCCUUCUGCAUAUCGUAGCUGGCGGGUGGGAUCAAUUUUUCGAGAAUGUCGUUAGAGGAGAGGGCCACGCGCACCAGGUCAUACGCGAUCUGGGCUUCAUGAUACCGGAUAUUCUUCACGUCGUCGUUCCGUUAUGGCUGAUUAAACGGGAAAGUAUUUACAAUAUCCAUCUUCCUAACUCGUUAGCGUACAUGUCAAGCAUCGUGAUGUUCGGAUUGUGCAUUUGGUCGUUUCUAUUGUAAUACGACAUCGUCGAGGACAGCAUAUUGUGCGAGAUGGGCGGCGAUUCGAUCUCAUUCUUCCUACGAGAAUGGCCUUCGUUAAGUUAAUGUUCUUUCUGAAAGCGGAAAUUCCCGUGAUGCGAAAAACUCGGUCUAACAUGAACGCCAAACGUCUCUUAGACACUGUGACAGAUCAAUUGCGGGAAUACGAGAUGAAUUUUUAUGUUAAAGAUGUCCUGGAGACAUAUUUUGUGAUAGUAUUAUCAUUAACGAAUGUGUUCCGAAAAUAGUUCGACUGAACUUGAGUUACGUGCCUCUUCUUGCGUGUCAAGUUACCAUAACAUUUAUUAUACGUAUUUCAUUGUUCACGUAAAACUAAACUUUAUUUUAUUAUUUAUGAAAGUUUAGUAUUUAUAUAAUGAUGAGAUUUCAACUUCAAACAAGUCCUUAUACGAGAUUUAUCAACAGAAAAAGUUGCAUUAGCUGAAGACUUUGUUAAUAUUAAAACUGCUUUAAUUUAGGAUAUGUUAUAAACUGCGAACGGUAGCGUCUCUGAAGUAUUACUCUAAGUAAAUUUAAGUAUUAUAUUAAUUAAGAACAUAUCAUGUAGAUAGCCUACAUAAGCAAGACGUUAUCGUGACGUUAUCGUAAGCAAGAUUGUACAACUUACAGGCAAUGCUAACCAAAAAUAGUGUCCUAACUUCUUAUACAAGUUAUAAUGCUUAAAGUGCCUACACAUAAUACGUUAUUUACCGGAUUAUUGUUAACUAAGGCGAUAAGCAAUUUCGAACGAAAACAGUUCUCGCGUGUAUUUUAACGGCAAACACAGCUGGUUCUUUCAUAAUACUUAUUUAAAAUACAAAGAAAAAGAAUUCACACACGCUGUAAUAAUAAUAUUGAUUUGCGAAUUCUGCUACAAUGUUAACGCGUUGACAUCUUACUUCUAAUCUGGUAAUUAGAAGCUCGUUUACUUUGAUUAAUGAAGCCUUUGACGAUUAACGUUCAAUAUUAUCUGUGCAGCAGAGACACAUAUCCUGGUAGAUAAUGUGGCCUGAUUAACGAGUGCAACUUACAUCACCAAAGUAUCAAAACUAAUUUUAUUAUUGUUAUACAUAUAUAUACAUAUAUAUUUAUUGUAGGAUACAUACUUUGCGACAAAGCCAUUCCCGAAAAGUAUUUGAGCAGUUACAAGCGUCAUUUUAUCUAAUUCUUAUAGUAAUAUAUUGUAGAUAUAAUUGUAGCAUAUUUGAGAAAAAGGGAGAUAGGAAUUUUGUCGUAAGGACAAAAUAGUGUAUUGCGAUACGUAGAGUAAAUUGAUCGUAUUGAGCGAUCGAAUGUUCAUAAAUUUUCGAAUUUUCCCAUAAUAUUUUAUUAUAUAGGAAACGAACGGAGCGAAGGAUAAAUAUGCAAUUGUCGAUAUAACUAUAAGUAGUCUGACGAUUUUAGUCAGAAGAGAUAUCUCGGUCCGAUUAAUAACGCGAAUAAAAUAAAGCGGCCUAAUUUCCGAUAA